AUGAGAAAUACGGUAUUUUCUACGAUCCUUCUCGCGAGUAUCGCGUACGCGUCUCCGUUGGAUCUUGUGGAACGAGGAGGUGCUGGAGGAUGCAAUGCAAACAACUGUCUCCGAGCAAUCCGAGGCACCACUUCGAUCGGCCUCGCCUACUGCUCUAACUAUCUUGACAUCCGGCCUGAAAUCGAGGUCGUCUAUGAAACAGUAUUCACAGUCACAUAUGGUGAAACUACAGAACAUCCCUCGACGUUCACGGAUACAAUCACGGUUACUACUGGGACUGCUGAAGCAACUAUUACUCCUGCCCCAGCGCCAGUUAUGAAACGUGAUGAGAUUCCAGAGAAAGCAAUUUCGAAUAUUGAGAAUAAAUGUUCUUCAGAUGGUUUCAAGAUUACGAGUGCUUGUAAUUGUCUUCUAUCUGGGAGGCCAAAAAGCACAGUUACGUAUGUAGACUACACCUGGGCAUCUGAAACGGUCCCUACUCUUACCCAGGAGCUAUAUACAGUAGUAACAACAUACGUCGAGGCAAAAGUUACAUACCUCCCACUCAUUAAAAAUCCAGGGUUCGACGACCCUACAGAUCCAUUCCGAGACUGGAUCAUCUUAGGAAACAACACCGGCUGCGACGCUUGCACCUACGAGGUCGUUCCAAACGACGGCAGCCGCACCUCUCCAAACGCCCUGAAGGUCAACUGGGUUGGAGAACGAGGUGUAUUCCUGUUCCAACAACAUAUCCCCGUUGAGGUCGGCAAGAAGUAUAAAUACAAAUUCCAAUACAAGAUUGAUAGUCCUUCGAGGGAUAACGCGUGGAUUCCGUAUUUUCUGGGAUUCACGUCACAAAUGAAGAUGGGGGCGACGAAUGAAUGGCAAACAGCUGAAUCUGCGGCUGAGGAAGCUGUUGAGUUCGAUACUAUGACGAUUCAAGUUUCUAUGUAUUUGUCUCGAGGUGCGCCUGAUGAUACUGAAAGCUUCUACUUUGAUAGUUUUCAGUUUUGGGAGGUGGAUGAAUAG